UGUCACAGUUACUUCAGAAUGUCGCUGUGACGCGCUUCCGCUUCCGGUACAGUCUCCAGCUUGGAGAAGAUGGCGGCUCCAGAGCAAGAAGCUGAAGUGCCAGGAAUAGACAGCGAGUUGUUGGCCUGCUGUGCCGGGGAGGUGGCCUUGAAAUGGCUCCAAGCAACUGAUCUACCUAAAGAAGUUUAUCAGCACCUUGCCUACUAUGUACCCAAAAUUUACUGUCAAGGCUCCAACCCAACUCCAGAAAAUGAGGACAUGGUGGUCCAGCACGUUCUGUUGGGCCCUAUGGAGUGGUAUCUGUGCGGCGAGGACCCUGCAAUUGGAUUUCCAAAGCUUAAGCAAGCCAACAAGCCAUCUCAGCUGUGUGGCCGGGUAUUUAAAGUGGGAGAGCCAACAUAUUCAUGCAGGGACUGUGCAGUCGACCCAACAUGCGUUUUAUGCAUGGAGUGUUUUUUAGGAAGUGUUCAUAGAGAGCACCGAUAUCGGAUGACAACGUCAGGGGGUGGAGGAUUCUGUGAUUGUGGAGAUGCUGAAGCAUGGAAAGGAGGGCCAUACUGCCAGAAACAUGCACUGAAUAUCUCCGAAAGUGAGACAGAGGACCCACUAAUUCAUUUGUCAGAAGAUAUGAUAGCAAGAGCAUAUAAUAUGUUUGCCAUUAUGUUUCGCUACGCAGUGGAUAUUCUGACCUGGGAGAAGGAGAAUGAGCUGCCUGAUGGAUUAGAGUGUGUGAAGAAAGAUGAUACCUAUUACUGCAUGCUUUUUAAUGAUGAAGUACACACAUAUGAGCAGGUUAUAUACACUCUUCAGAAAGCUGUCAGCUGCAGCCAGAAGGAAGCCAUCAGUUUUGCAACAACGGUGGACAGGGAUGGGCGGAGAUCAGUUCGAAAUGGGGACUUUCAGUCUUGCGAGCAAGCAAAGUCGGUCAUAGUGAGGAACACUAGUCGACAAACAAAACCUCUUAAAGUGCAGGUCAUGCAUUCUGCUAUUGUUGCACACCAGACAUUUGGGUUGAAGCUCAUCAGCUGGCUCGGCCAAGUUAUUGGGUCCUCAGGUGGACUUCGUCGCAUCCUCUGCCAGGUUGGUUUACAGGAAGGUCCAGAGGGGGAAAACUCUUCGCUUGUAGACAGACUGAUGUUGUGUGAUUCAAAACUUUGGAAAGGUGCUAGAAACUGCUAUCACCAACUUUUCAUGAGCAGUCUGCUAAUGGAUUUAAAGUAUAAGAAACUUUUUGCCAUUCGCUUUGCAAAAAAUUACCAGCAGUUGCAGAGAGAUUUUAUGGAGGAUGAUCACGAUCGAGCAGUAUCGGUGGCUGCUCUGUCUGUUCAGCUCUUCACUGUACCCACUCUGGCUCGAAUGCUGAUCACGGAAGAGAAUAUGAUGGCAACCGUAAUAAAGACAUUCAUGGACCACUUGAGAACACGGGAUAUUCAGGGCAGAUUUCAGUUUGAACGAUAUACUGCUCUACAAGCUUUCAAGUUUAGGAGAGUCCAGAGCCUCAUUAUGGAUCUGAAGUAUGUGCUAAUAAGCAAGCCAUUUGAGUGGACAGAUGGCCUACGUUGCAAAUUCCUAGAGGGGUUUGAAGCCUUCCUUGAAUUGCUAAAAUGCAUGCAGGGGAUGGACCCAAUUACACGCCAGGUUGGCCAGCAUAUUGAGAUGGAGCCAGAGUGGGAGGCAGCUUUCACUUUGCAGAUGAAACUAACUCACAUCAUUUCAAUGAUUCAAGACUGGUGUUCCUGUGAUGAACACGUCCUAAUUGAAGCAUACAAGAAGUGCCUUAUUGUCCUGAUGCAGUGCCACAGUGGUUUUACUGAUGGGGAGCAACCUAUUACUCUUAGUAUAUCGGGGCAUUCAGUAGAGACUAUAAGAUACUGUGUUUCUCAGGAGAAAGUCAGCAUUCACCUGCCUGUUUCACGUUUGCUUGCAGGGCUACAUGCCUUGCUGAGUAAAAGCGAAGUAGCUUACAAGUUUCCAGAGCAGCUUCCCUUCAGUGAACUGAGCCCACCGAUGCUGAUUGAGCAUCCUCUCCGCAGUUUGGUGUUAUGUGCACAAGUACAUGCCGGAAUGUGGAGAAGAAAUGGCUUUUCAUUAGUGAAUCAGAUUUAUUACUAUCACAAUGUAAAAUGUAGAAAAGAGAUGUUUGACAAAGAUAUUGUCAUGCUUCAGGCUGGAGCGUCUAUGAUGGAUCCAAACCACUUUCUAAUGAUUGUGCUCAGUCGUUUCGAACUGUAUCAGAUUUUUAGCACUCCAGAUUACGGCAAGAGAUUCCGGAAAGAACACACAAAUAAGGAUAUAAUUCAACAGAAUAACACACUCAUUGAAGAAAUGCUGCAUCUAAUUAUCAUGAUAGUUGGGGAGAGAUUCUGUCCUGGAGUGGGACAAGUCAGCGGAACAGAUGUGAUAAAACGUGAAAUUAUCCAUCAGCUGAGCAUCAAACCAAUGGCCCACAGUGAACUGGUCAAGGCUUUGCCCGAGGAUGAAAAUAAGGAAACUGGAAUGGAGACUGUGAUUGAAACGAUAGCUUCAUUUAAAAAACCAGGCCUAACAGGACGUGGACUGUAUGAACUGAAGCCUGAAUGUACCAAGGAUUUCAACCUGUUUUACUUUCAUUUCUCAAGGGCCGAACAGUCCAAGGCAGAGGAGGCCCAGCGCAAACUGAAGAGGCAGAUUGGCGAAGAUACAGCUCUCCCUCCACCGGUGCUGCCUCCGUUCUGUCCGCUAUUUGCCAGUUUGAUUAACAUUCUUCAAUCAGAUGUCAUGCUGUGCAUCAUGGGAACUGUAUUGCAAUGGGCAGUAGAGCCAAAUGGAUACGCAUGGUCGGAAUCCAUGCUUCAAAGGGUUUUGCAUCUGAUUGGGAUGGCAUUGCAAGAAGAGCACCAGCACUUACAGAAUAUCAGUGAGGACAACAUUGUCACCUUUAAUUUCACGGAAAAGAUCUCAAGGCCUGGGGAAGUCCCAAAUGCAUCACCAAGCAUCUUGGCUAUGUUAGAAACAUUGCAAAAUGCAGCACACUUGGAAGUGCAUAAGGAUAUGAUACGCUGGAUAUUAAAGAUGGUCAGUAACAUUAAAAAAAUCAGAGAAAAUCCAUCUACAAGCCCAGUCGUUGAAACAGAGGGCAGUGUUUUGGAGGAGAAUACUCGUGAUAAAGACAAAGCAGAGAGGAAAAGAAAAGCUGAGAUUGCCAGGCUCCGUAGAGAGAAGAUUAUGGCUCAGAUGUCAGAAAUGCAGCGACAUUUCAUCGAUGAAAAUAGGGAGCUUUUUCAACAGACGACUGAUGAGUUAAAUGCUUCGACUUCCACUGCAUACGAUCACAGCUGUCAUGCAAUGAUGGACACCAAACUUGUCGCUUUGGGUCCUCACCAAACCCGAAUCAGUGAACCAAGGCAGCUGGUUACUUGCAUCCUGUGUCAAGAAGAGCAAGCUUUCACAGUGGACAACAAAGCCAUGGUUCUUGCAGCUUUUAUUCAGAGAUCGACGGUAUUCUCCAAGAACAGGAGCAGAGUCAUUACAGAUCCAGAAAAAUAUGACCCGCUGUGCAUGCACCCAGACUUGGCUUGUGGCACUCACACAGGAAGCUGUGGACAUAUAAUGCACGCUCACUGCUGGCAGAGGUACUUUGAUGCUGUGCAAGCCAAGGAGCAGAGAAGGCAGCAGCGCUUACGGGUACAUACUAGCUACGAUGUGGAAAAUGGUGAAUUUCUCUGCCCCCUCUGUGAGUGUCUAAGUAACACCGUCAUCCCCAUGCUUCCACCACCAAGAAGUUUAUACCACAGGUUGGAUUUCUCUGAUCAGCCUGAUUUAGCAGAAUGGGUUAGCACUACUUCUCAGCAACUCAAAGCAUUGUGUGCGCUGCAUGCAGAGAAAAGCAGUUCAGGUGAGUUCAGAAAAGAGGAGCCUAAUACCAAUAUUACCAAAAUAAAGGGAUUGAUUUUUGUGAACAGCUUUUCUUUACUCUCUGCAGCUGGUUCAGAUUCCGAGAUGCCAGCACAAGUGGAUAUUCCUGAAGGUUUCCGGCCUGAUUUCCAACCAAAAAAUCCAUACUCAGAGAGCAUUAGGGAGAUGCUGACAACAUUCGGGACGGCAACAUAUAAGGUUGGGCUGAAUGUGCACCCAAACGAGCAGGACCCAAGGGUCCCAAUUAUGUGCUGGGGAAGCUGUGCGUACACGAUACAAACAAUUGAACGCAUUUUGGCAGAUGAAGAGAGGCCGUUAUUUGGGAACUUGCCAUGCAGACAGGAUGACUGCCUAAAAUCACUGAGCAGAUUUGCUGCAGCACAUUGGACAGUGUGCCCUCUUCCUGUGAUGGAAAAACACUUUAGUCGUCUAUUUGAAACAAUUGUGCCUAAUGAGGAUGCCGAGAAUUCCCCAUGCAUACUUGAUAUUGAUAUGUUUCAUUUACUGGUCAGCUUGGUGGUCUCAUUCCCAGCUCUACAGUGUCAGGACUUUUCAGGGAACAGCCUUGCUACAGGAGAUCUCCAUCUCUUCCAUCUGGUGACCAUGGCACACAUUGUCCAGAUAGUGCUUUCCUGCUCCACAGAGGAAAAUGGCAUGGAGCAGGAAUCCACUGAUGGAGAAGAAGAACAGGCAGCAAUGUCUUUGUAUAGGACCAUCUGUCGGUGCAGUGGAAGCACAAUGAAAGAAUUAUCCUCUGGGUGGCACCUAUGCAGAGCAAUCAAAACUUCAAUCCUGCCGUACCUGAGGUGUGCUGCGUUAUUUUUCCAUUAUUUAAAUGGUGUUCCGGCACCUUCAGAGUUUCUCGUGAGUGGAAUGAGCCAGUUUGAUUGUCUCUGUAGUUACCUUUCUCUGCCAACCAACCUGGUCUGCCUGUUUCAAGAGAAUUCUAAAGUAAUGGAAACAUUAAUAAAUAGAUGGUGUAAACAUGCAGAGGUGAAAAGGUUUCUGAAUGGGGAAUGCACUGCUGUUAGCUAUCCAAGGGAAUCAAAUAAACUUAUCGAUCUCCCAGAGGACUACAGCAGCCUAAUUAAUCAAGCAUCUAAUUUCACGUGCCCUAAAUCUGGUGGAGACAAAAGCAGGGCCCCUACGCUCUGCCUGGUGUGUGGAACCAUGCUGUGCUCCCAGAGUUACUGCUGCCAGACAGAACUGGAUGGGGACGACGUGGGGGCCUGCACUGCCCAUACCUACACAUGUGGAUCUGGCAUGGGCAUUUUCCUUCGAGUCAGAGAGUGUCAAGUUCUCUUUUUGGCUGGGAAAACAAAGGGCUGCUUCUAUGCUCCUCCUUACUUAGAUGACUAUGGAGAGACAGAUCAAGGCCUCCGACGCGGAAACCCCCUGCACCUCUGUAAGGAACGCUACAAAAAGAUCCAGAAGCUGUGGCAGCAGCACAGUAUUACAGAGGAAAUUGGCCAUGCCCAAGAAGCCAAUCAGACUCUAACUGGCAUUGAAUGGCAGCAUUUAUAAUUUAGACUCUAUUUUUUUUUUAUUUUUUAGCAGUCCAUUUUUCUAACGCAACAAAAAAAAAAGGAAAAAAAAAACUGUGACCGCAAAACAGAUGCAGAUCUUUAAUUUAUAUUUCACUGUCUAGUUUAUCCAAUAAAAAGCAAAGUUUUCUUAGCAACACCUUAAACGUCAUCCGUAAAUGACAAACUUACCGAUAUACUCCUGUGCUUCCUGUACAAACCAUAAUAUAGGUAAGGCUUUACUGAACAGAUAGCAUGGGGUGUGAAUCCAGCCUAACAUAUUAGUCUAAACUAAAGGGGGCAGCACUCUCACUCUGUGGCUACGGGGCAGUUCUUUAGUUAUAACCUAGUUUUAUAUUCUAAACGCUUGUGUGAACUUGAAAUACUUCCCCCAAUGUACCAAUACUCAGGCAGAUAGCUGCUGACUCCGGCACUCUUAACCAAUUUCAACAGCCUUUGCAUCUUUGUAUUGGCCCAAAUGCCCCCUCCGUGUAUUCUUUCAUCCGGGCUUGGGGAGUUAGUCAGUCCAGGGCCACCUAGAACAGCAUUUUGCCGUGAAUGAGGCUAACGGGUCUGCAUGUGUACCCCCUUGUGUUGGCCAGAGAUAUUCCCAGUCGGAUUGGAUCCGUGUGUUUGGAAGGCUGGCCAACUAGCUGUGUAAGUGUGGUGCAACUAGGAGUUUAUUUCCAUCUGUGGCCAAAUUGCAUGCCAUCUGAUCUUUCUGUGAUCUGGUUUAUUGUCACCAACUUUGUUAUACAGAUGCAGUUAUUUCUGACUUGAGGUUUUAAACAAAUAGAGAAUGCAGUGAAAUAUUAUGUGCUAUUAUUUCAAUCAAAAUGGGUUGAUUUGAUGUCUACUUGACAAUGCCCAGAAUCGCUUCCCAUUGACUUUAAUGGCAGUGCACAGUGAUCAUUCGAAACUGCCACAUUUUUUAAUGCAAACAUCACUUGAAGUGGGAAUGCGCUGAGCAGCAGUGACGCACGGGUGGGCAAAAAGUCUGUGCUCAACCCUAACCUACCAUCAUCCAACCCAACCCUACCUUCUCCCAGCCCUAUCUUCUCCCAGCCCUACCUUCUCCCAGCCGUACCUUCUCCCAGCCGUACCUUCUCCCAGCCCUACCUUCUCCCAGCCCUACCUUCUCCCAGCCCUACCUUCUCCCAGCCCUACCUUCUCCCAGCCCUACCUUCUCCCAGCCCUACCUUCUCCCAGCCCUAUCUUCUCCCAGCCCUACCUUCUCCCAGCCCUACCUUCUCCCAGCCCUACCUUCUCCCAGCCGUACCUUCUCCCAGCCCUACCUUCUCCCAGCCCUACCUUCUCCCAGCCCUACCUUCUCCCAACCCUACCUUCUCCCAGCCCUACCUUCUCCCAGCCCUACCGUCUCCCAUCAUUACUGUUAUACCAGACUCUCUGAUGUCAUGUGAGGGAACAGGGCGGGGUCAAAUAUAUAAUUUAGCUGAUGUUGGGGGCAGGGUGGGGGCCAUGGAUAGAGUUUGGUCGUGCAGGUUUUGGCUGACCCAUGCCAACACUAAUAACUCAGUUGAGGACAUUAUUAUUAAAGUCAAUGGGAAUUGAUUGUGGACAUUUUUGAUGUCUGCCAAUGUUGCUACUAAACGCAAGGCAUUUUUUCUGUGUGUAAUUCCCCUCAAAUGCACAUUGCUUCUUACCUGUAUCAGAAGAUAGCAGAGAAGGCUCGCUUAUCUAUAACGAAAACAAUAUUGUGCCAGAUACCUGCCUGAAAGUGCCCCGGCACAGCAGGCCAUUUGAAUGCAGAGAUAACCAUGGCGAGUUUAAUGGGGCAACUACAAGAAGCAUUAGCCCUGAAUUCACUUUUCCUACUGUGCCGGUGUACAUAUCAGGCCUAGCCUCCCCCAGAGGAUAUAGUAUAGGCUUUAAUCUAUAAUCAUUGCAUGAAGGGCCCUGUGUGUGCAGAAUAUAUUCCUUUCAAAUUCUACAUCACCGAGCCAGGAAAGAGUCACAGUGGAACAUACAGAGGAUAGGAAGCUUGGCAUCCAUAAUGGGGGGACACCAAUUUUGUUGGGUGUUAUACCUUUUACAAGCCCCACUGUGGCCAUAAAUUGAUUUGACGUUCAUAUCUGCCUGUUCGUGUGGUUGGUUGGCUUGUGUGAAGCUGUAAAAUGGGCUGUGAACAUUAGGAAGCUGUUUUCUUCUUUUCUAGGUAGGAUAAUAAGGGCUCCCAUAACCAAUGAAAAAGAACUUCUACAGGUUCUAGGAUAUAUUUUCCAAUGGUCACCUUCACUGUCCCUUUACAAAACCGAGGUAAAGUCGCUACGGCAGUGAGAUGUGUAAACCCUGAACUUGGGGUAUAUCUUAUUCUUUUUUUUUUUUUUUUUGCAUAAUUUUAAAUGAUGGGUGCUUGUGGUUUGUUCAAAGACUAAUAGGCGCUUGGCUUACUGGGAAGGGAAUUGGGACAUGAGCCGAACUGCUGGACCAGGUGAUGUUUUUAUCACUUUCCUACAUGGGAAAAUCUAGUAGGUCUCUACGCCCUGUGAAUCUUAAUGCAGAUUAUUCACACUGAACUAUUGGAAAUCUGCACAGGCUAGGACUCCCAGCAUGCUUUGCACACUGGUGGGCUCCUUGCAAGCAACUGGCUCUGCUGUCUUUAUUGUUCUGCCUGAAUUCCCUUUGUGCUGCUGUGACUGAGGGUUCCCAUGUAGGGACGUGAUUCCACUUCUACAAAGGAGGCUUUCCCUGAAACAGGAUCAAUAUGCCACUGGCUACUAGGUAGCCGUAACGAUACAAACAGGGUCACUUUUUCAUUCAUCACUCAGCCCAACUUUUCUAUGGGUCUUUCAUUAGCCAUUUCCCCCCUUUCUCUCAAUUUAACGUAAUUAUCUCUAAUUCGGAACCCUUGUCGUCAUGUAGUAGUGAAAAGUUUUUCGAAUGAGUCCUUUGCAUUUUAGACGUACGGUGCUGUGAUCUCGUAGACUGAUUUACAUGGCAGAAUCCUCCUUUGUACAUGGAUUUAUAGGAAUCAUUCGACGGCCGUGCCCGGAAGGCAUUGCUCCCCGAACUGAAAGGGUCAGACGCCCCUUUGACUCCUUCUGAUCUCUCCUUCAUUUAUUCCAUGUAAUAUUUCUUAGCAUGUAUUUAUGUUUAUUGUAGAAAUGUCUAUGUACAAAUAUUUGAAUGGAAUUCUAUUUGGGGGGAAAAAAAAGGGUUUUACUCCAUCUUUAAUAUACAUGAAAUUCUUGUAAUAUUUGAAUGUAACAUAUGUAUAAAAAUACACAACUUAUCAAUAAAUGCUUUAGCCGUC